AACCAGAGAAAUGGCCACUACGCAAUCUGUCUUCACAUUUGCUCUCUGCAUUUUGAUGAUAACUGAAUUAAUACUGGCUACAGAGAGCUAUUAUGAUAUUUUAGGAGUUCCAAAAAAUGCAUCAGACCGCCAGAUCAAGAAGGCAUUUCACAAGCUGGCUAUGAAAUACCACCCAGACAAAAAUAAGAGUCCUGGUGCAGAAGCAAAAUUUAGAGAAAUUGCUGAAGCAUAUGAAACAUUAUCGGAUGAGAAUAAACGAAGAGACUAUGAUCAGCUUGGCCGUCAUGGAGGACAGGGAAAUAAUGGAAACCCAUUCCAUCAGUCAUUUAAUUUCAACUUUGAUGAUCUGUUCAAAGACUUUGAUCUCUUUAGUCAAAACUCACGGUCAAAAAAGCACUUUGAAAAUCACUUCCGAAGUCAUCGGGAAGCUCACAAUCGGCAAAGACGUUCUUUCCAAGAGUUCUCCUUUGGAGGUGGACUGUUUGAUGACGUGUUUGAAAAUAUGGAAAAAAUGUUUUCGUUUAGUGACUUUGAAAAUGCACACCGACAUGCAGUGCGAACGGAUUCCAGGUUUCAUGGAUCCAGCAAGCACUGUAGGACUGUCACUCAGAGACGAGGAAACAUGGUUACCACGUAUACAGACUGUUCUGGACAAUAAUGUUUCCUUUCUUUUAAUCUCUUUUCUUCUUUUUUCAACAUCUUCGUAAUCCUUCUUGGUUUUGUGCUAACAUGGAAAAAAUUAUUUGAACUGUUUGUUCUAAAAACACUUAACUGCUAUAAAGAAAUAGUAAAUGAAACUAAUCUUCAGAAUAGAAACAACACACAUUUGGGAAGUAAAUGUCUUGGUAACUGCUUAGAGUGG